UCUCUCGGAUGGGGGGAAUAGCUGGAGGGAGGGAUGGCUGAAUAACGAGAAACACCCACUCCGGACGGACUGGAUUGUAUCCGGAGGAGUGAGAUAAAGAAAGAGGGAGAAAGAGAAAGAAAACGGAGCCGCAGGCAGAGGAUUUUCUUUGAGGAUUAAAGGACGUACUGAAUUGAUGACUGAAGAGGUCUAGGCUGCUGUUUGUGAGGAUGUUGUUGACGGACCACAUCAGGUGGUUCUUGUGGGCUGCACUGGUGCUGCUGACCCUGUUUUCCCAUUUCCCCAGUAAGGCACAGGGUGAAGUUCCAUCUCCACGGAGGCUGCGAUUCAAAGUGCUGAGUUCAAACAAACUCCUUGUUUCAUGGAAAGAACCCAAAGGAGACUUAGACAGUUAUUUGUUCAUCUUCAGAACUUCACCAGGAGGUCACCACAAGGAGAUCACAGUACCUAAAUCUGACAGUCGGGUGUUGAUAACUGACUACAGCCCGACUACAGACUACACUGUCAGUGUUAUGGCCAUCAGCGGUAACCAGCGGAGCAAACCACUUCAGGGCAAACAUAAAGCCAAAGGAGGAGAGAGUGACGGAGGAGAUCUGAUUCAAACCCACAGGCUGACAGAUUCAGUUGGGCCUACCGAAGAUGCCAAUGAAAUCUCUGGAGUUGAUCAUUUUAUCUGCCGCACUGAGGCCAUAGCGGACAUAGUGAUCCUGGUGGAUGGCUCCUGGAGUAUAGGUCGGCUCAACUUCCGCCUUGUCCGCAUCUUCUUGGAAAACCUUGUUAAUGCCUUUGAUGUUGGCAUAGAUAAAACAAGGAUAGGUUUGGCUCAGUACAGUGGUGAUCCCAGGAUAGAGUGGCAUUUAAAUGCUUUCACCACUAAAGAUGCAGUCAUUGAUGCUGUGAAGAACCUGCCCUAUAAAGGAGGAAACACGCUCACAGGCCUUGCUUUGACUUAUAUCAUGGAGAACUGCUUCAAACCUGACUCUGGAUCACGAGUUGGUGUACCCAAGAUUGGGAUUCUCAUCACAGAUGGGAAAUCUCAGGAUGAUGUCAUACCACCUGCAGAGAGUUUGCGAAGUGCCGGGGUCGAGCUAUUUGCUAUUGGUGUGAAAAACGCUGAUGAAAAUGAGCUUCGGUCCAUUGCAUCAGAGCCGAUCGAGUCUCAUGUCUACAAUGUGGCCGACUUCAACGUCAUGAGCUCCAUAGUAGGGGGACUAACUAGAACAGUGUGUGAACAAGUGGAGCAGCAAGUCAAGGACAUCAAGCAGAAAUAUGUACCAGAGGUGAUGGGAGUGCCCUUUGACCUGGUGACAUCAGAGGUCACAGCUUGGACCUUUCGGGUUACCUGGAGCCAUGCACCAGGAAACGUAGAAAAAUACAGAGUGGUUUAUUAUCCUGCUCAGGGAGGAGAACUACAGGAGGCUAUAGUGGACGGUGGUGAAAAUUCAGUGGUGUUACAGCAUCUCAGCUCUCUAACUGAGUACCAGUUGGCUGUAUAUGCUGUGUACGCUACCGAGACGAGUGAGCCUCUGAGAGGAUCAGAAACUACCUUGGCUCUUCCGAUGGUGACAAGCCUCCAGCUGUUUGCUGUAACUCACAAUUCGAUGAAAGCAAGAUGGGACAGUGUGGACGGAGUGUCUGGAUACAUGCUGCUGUAUGGACCACUUAGAGAUGACGGAGACUCUGAGGAUAAAGAGGUCAGGAUCUCGGAUGCAGUGACGGAGCUGGAGCUGGAAGGGCUAAUGCCUGAUACAGAUUACACUGUCAGUGUUUAUGCUAUGUAUGACGAGGAGGCCAGUGACCCUCUUACAAUCCAGGAAACCACAUUGUCACUUGGUGCCCCCAGUAAUCUCCAGUUUUCUGACAUCACUCACAACUCUGCCCACAUCAACUGGGACCCUGCCCCUAAGGGAGUUAUUGGUUACCGCAUCAUGUGGGAGAAGACAGAUAGACUAAUUCCAGAGGAGGUGGAGAUUGGUCCAGUGACCUCUUAUGACCUCAGCAAGCUGACAUCACUGAUGGAAUACUCAGUGGCCAUCUUUGCUCUUUAUGAUGAAGGCCAGUCAGAGCCACUCACUGAUGCAUUCACUACAACUCCAGUUCCUGGCCCUCUGAAUUUGCGCUCCAGCAGCAUCACCAGUGACAGCUUCCAGGUCAGUUGGGACCAUUCCGCCAAUGACAUUGUCCUCUACAGACUCUCCUGGGGACCAUUCACAGGUGGUGACACAGAAGAGGUGUUGGUGAGUGGAACACAAAAUAAAUACCUCCUGACCGGUCUCCUUCCCUCUACUGAGUAUGAAGUUCUGUUGACGGCCGUAUUCAAUGACAAAUCGGAGAGCGACACAGUUUCUGUUGUAGAGACCACGUUGGCAAUGACGACAACGAUUGCUGCAACGACGACAACCACAGUAGCACGUCAGGCGGUGAGAAAUCUUCAGCUGAGUGAUGAGACCACCCAGAGCUUAGAGGCAUCAUGGGAGCUGGAAGACCCUCACGUGCAGAGCUACAGGAUCUCUUAUGCCAGUGUCAACGGCGACCACAAAGAGGAGGCUGUGUUUGUUCCUCGUGGUGAGAGGAGAGCCGAACUUCAGCCUUUACAACCAGACACUCAGUACAAAGUGACAGUCACGCCGAUCUAUACUGACGAGCAGCAGGGCAUCAGUGUUUCUGCACUGGGAGCCACAUUGCCUCUCUUGCCUCCUACCAACCUUCGUGUGUCAGAGGAAAGGUUCAACCGCUUCAGGCUCACCUGGGAUCCACCUCAGUCACUUCCUGUGGGUUACAGGAUUGUCUACCAGCCCCUCUAUGUUCCAGGGCAGGUUCAGGAGACAUCAGUGGAUGAAGAUGUGACCACCAUGCACAUCGUGAACCUAAAGAGCGGCACAGACUACACUGUACGCGUAACGGCUUCUUAUCCGACAGGAGAAAGUGAACCACUGUUAACAACUGCCAAGACAUUGUUCCUCGGUGUGUCUGGCCUGUCAACCUAUCAGGUGCGUCCUACCAGCAUGUGUGUCCAGUGGCAGCCUCUUCUACAGGCCACACUGUACAGAGUGUCCAUCCACUCUACACUCAAUGGCCAGAGACAGGAAGUGACCCUGGCAGGUGGCGCUUCCCGGCAGUGCUUCUAUGAACUCAGUCCCAGCAGCCAGUACCAGAUCAGUAUUCACACCCAGAUACAGGAAAUGGAGGGAUCUCCUGUCUCCAUCACUGACAUGACAUUGCCGGCUCCCACUCAGGCUCCAACAGAAACCCCCACCACAGAGCCCCCUCCUACUAUCCCACCUGCUAAGGAAGUUUGUAAGGAGGCCAAGGCAGACCUGGUAUUCCUAAUUGAUGGCUCUUGGUCCAUUGGAGAUGACAACUUCCUUAAGAUCACACGCUUCUUGUACAGCACAAUAGGAUCACUGGAUUUGAUUGGAUCAGAUGGCACCCAGGUGGCAAUUGCACAGUUUAGUGACGAUGCUCGGACAGAAUUCAAACUGAGUUCCCAUGACAACAAAGAAGUAUUACUGGAGGCCAUUCAGAGGAUCAGAUACAAGGGAGGAAACACCAAGACAGGUCAGGCCAUCAAACACGUAAAGGAGUCUAUUUUUACCACAGAGGGAGGAGCCAGAAGAGGCAUCCCUAAAGUCCUGGUUGUCCUGACUGAUGGUCGUUCACAAGAUGACGUUAACAAAGUCUCCAAGGAGAUGCAGAUGGAGGGCUAUAUCAUCUUUGCCAUUGGUUUUGCGGAUGCGGACUACGGGGAACUGGUGAAUAUAGCCAGUAAACCCAGUGACAGACACGUUUUCUUUGUGGAUGAUUUGGAUGCUGUGAAGAAAAUAGAGGAACAGCUCAUUACAUUCGUCUGUGAGGCAGCUACUGCCACUUGUCCAUCUGUUAUGAUGAAUGGUAACAUGAUAGCAGGUUUCCGUAUGAUGGAGCAGUUUGGGCUAAUAGAGAGGGAGUACAGCACCAUACCUGGAGUUUCUCUGGAGCCAGGUUCAUUCAACAGCUUCCCAUGUUACAGGCUGCACCGUGAUUCUCUGGUGUCACAGCCCACAAAGUAUCUUCACCCUGAAGGUUUGCCCUCUGACUACACCAUUUCUAUGAUGCUCCGCCUCCUUCCUGAGACCCCACAGGAGCCUUUUGCACUGUGGGAGAUCCUGAACAAGGACAGCCACCCAUUGGUCGGACUAAUCCUGGACAACUCUGGAAAGACCUUGACAUUCUUCAACUAUGACUACAAAGGAGACUUUCAGACUGUCACCUUUGAAGACAACGGAAUUAAAAAAAUCUUCCAUGGCAGUUUUCACAAGCUACACGUGACUAUCAGCAAGACGUCAGUGAAGGUGGUGUUAGAUUGUUCUGUGGUUGGUGAAAAGUCUGUCAUUGCUGCUGGUAACAUCACCACCGAUGGCAUGGAGAUCCUGGGACGGAUGGUUCGGACCAGAGGGAGACGAGAAAACUCUGCUCCGUUCCAGCUCCAAAUGUUUGACAUCAUCUGCAGUACAUCCUGGGCCAGCAGAGAUAAGUGCUGCGAACUCCCAGCAAUGAGAGUUGAAGAACAGUGCCCCCCAAUGCCUCAUGCCUGUACCUGUUUGCAAGACAGUAAGGGGCCCCCAGGACCCUCCGGACCCCCGGGUGGUCCGGGCAUGAGGGGAGCCAGAGGUGACAGAGGAGAGCCAGGAGUGACGGGACCUCAAGGUCCAGUGGGACAGAUGGGCCCUCCUGGACCACUAGGACCUGUUGGUCCUCAGGGACCCAGUGGACUCUCGAUUCAUGGUGCACCGGGUGCUGCUGGGGAAAAGGGAGAUCGAGGAGAAAUUGGACCAGCUGGACAAAUGGGUGUUCCUGGAAGCCCCGGCUCACCUGGCAGAGGCGGCCCCCCAGGAGCACGGGGGCUACCGGGCAAUAUUGGACCACAGGGUCGAGCAGGACCUCCUGGACCCAUUGGCGCUCCAGGAGCACCAGGAGCUCUAGGACCAAGUGGGACACCAGGGCCCCAAGGAGAUCAAGGACGUCCUGGUCCUCCUGGUACCAAAGGCGAUAAGGGAGAGAGAGGUGACGUGCAUUCUCCAGCUGCUGUGCGUCUCAUCGCACGGCAAGUGUGUGAGCAGCUAAUCCAGAGCCAUUUGUCCCGGUAUAACUCCAUCCUGAACCAAAUUCCAGUCCAGUCAGCAGUUUCAGCCCGCACAGUACCCGGACCACCUGGAGAACCAGGCCGGAGAGGCCCUCCAGGCCCUCAGGGAGAGCAAGGACCACCCGGCAGACCGGGCUUCCCUGGUACUAACGGCCAGAACGGACGGCCAGGAGAGAGAGGUCUGCCAGGAGAGAAGGGAGACAAGGGAAGUCCAGGGGUUGGAACUCAGGGGCCUCAAGGGCCCCCAGGUUUGCCAGGUGAAGGAUUGCCAGGGACUCAAGGGCCACCUGGUCGGCCUGGAAGCCCAGGGACACCUGGGAGACCGGGUAGUACAGGUACCACAGGACCACCUGGCCCACCUGGCUACUGUGAUCAGAACUCCUGUCUGGGUUAUAACGUUGGAGUCCAACUGCUUCCUCACGGCGGCAGCUACGAUUCCUACGCCUCUGCUGCAGAGGCUUACGACAACCAACAAGGAGCAGCUGAGGAGGGAGAAGAAGAGCAAGACCCUUAUUACCGUGGUUUCCCCCCUCAGUACCACCCGCAACAGCCCUCCCACGGUUACCAUGGCUAUCGCUCAAGUCCCGCCCACUCCGAGGAUGUGGAGCUGAGGUCACCGGGUGUCCUCAGGAGACUUUCACAUGAUGUCAUUGGAAGAGAGCGCAGAAAAGUCAUCACAUAAGAGAAACCAGGAGGAGGACUUUAGCGGAAGGAUGGACUCACCUCAAGUGCUUGCACGCCACUACGUACAAACCCUUACAUGUUCUGAUACACAAACAUGGAAAUGAGGCACUGAUGUGGACAUUAACAUUGUCCAAAUGGAAAAACUGGGCCUCCCUUCCCGAACUCCCUCUGAAACUGGUGAGAGCGCCCCCUACCUGCGAAUCCUAAUGUAAAUACAGUGGACUCUUGCUCAAUAUCUCUGUAAGAGAGGGUCCGAAAAGUGCCUGAUAUAUGUUAGCAUUGUCCAGUGGUGAUGUAAAUGUAAAAGCGUUUUUUCCAUCCACCUGAUUUCAGGACUAAAUAUUGGGUUUGUGUGAAGCUGCAUGUCUCAUUUGAGCCAGUCAGUGACAGCAUAUGAACGUGCAUCUUGUUUUCAUUGCAACUUGCUCGAUUAUUUUAAAAUUCACGUCAUUGAAGAUGAUGAGACGGCAAUGUUUGUACAGGCUGCUUUUAUAGUGAUGACUCACGUUUCCUUCACUUCUAUUCUGUUUUUGUGUGAAAUGUUUUUUAAGAGAUUUAUUCAUACAUUGUUUUAUCACAUUUGUUUUGUUUUUAAAUUGGCUGAAUUUAAAUUAUUCUUGGAUUGGACUCGACCACCCUCAAAAUUCUACUGCAGCAGAUCCUUCCAGUUUUAAUUUGCACUACAGACAAAAAAGUCAAAAUGAAUAAUGUUAGUAUUUGUAUUUGAAAAGAAAAAUAUAUUUAGAAAUAGUAUUUUGUCAUACAUAUGAGGGCUUCUUUUCCCAAAAGCAUUUUGAAGUCAGGAUGAGAUGAUUAUAAUUUGGUCAUAAGUCUCUUUUGGGAAGUCGAGCUCAUGGAGACAGAGAGAGAGAAAAAACUGCGCUGUUUUUCAUGAAUAUAAAAGCCAAACUCUUGUUGUUUUCACUUGUGUUACUAUGCCAUUUAUUUUUAUGGAAGUCAGGACUGUUCACUGUGGAAGGUGUUUAAACAUUUGUUGACCUCUACCCUCAACUGGGACAAGACCUGGAUCCAAUUAUUUAUAAUACUUUGUCUUUGUUUUUUGUCUGCGAUACCACCAAGGACUUACCCACAAGGACAUUCUGCAGUACCGUCUCAUGAAACAAAACUCAGCUGUUGCUACGAGUGGAUUGUGGUCUAUUUGUAAUUCAAACAGUUUGCUUAACUUGCUCAUGGGAAGCCACAGUACUGCAUAUGUUCUCCUUCUCUGCUGUACAGAGUGGAUCUGGGCUCCCAUUUCCC